CCCUGGACCACAAUGAUAUGAAUCAUCUACUGUCACUCUGUCAGAGAGUUUGUGACUAACAGUAGUAGAAGAUCCUAUUUUAAGAGAACGGAAGAGAUGCUCUGCUUGGCCUUUUUGGGUCUGGUUCGUCGUCGGCAUUCUGCACUUUCCCCCUUUUCCUCACUUUCGUUGGUUACUCCUUCCUUCAUUCCUUAGCUCAGCUCCCUCCCCACUUCCUCUUCUUACUUUGCCGGCGGCCAAAGAUGGUUUCUUUGGCCCGGGCUCUGGCGGUUUCCUACCCCGCCGGAUUCCCCUGCACCAGCUCUCACGCGCCUCCUCGCCGGUGGAGCUCCGGCCGGUUAAUUACUCGGCCGGAUCACAAUUCGAGGUUCAGAUGGCGAUCCAAGGCGGCGGAAUCCGAUACCACUCCUCCUCCUCCUCCUCCUAAUUCUCUGCCUUCGACUUUCGCCGCUUCCGUUGACGCCGCCGACUCUGCUGCUGCUGGAUUUUGCAUCAUAGAAGGGCCGGAGACGGUGCAGGACUUCGACAAGAUGGAAUUGCAGGAGAUUCAGGACAACAUUCGGAGCCGGAGGAACAAGAUCUUCCUGCACAUGGAGGAGGUCCGGCGGCUGAGGAUACAGCAGCGGAUCAAGCGCGCCGAAGUUGGGAAACCGGAGGCCGACCUCCCUGAUUUCCCUUCUUUCAUCCCCUUCUUGCCUCCUCUGGUAAAAAUCAAAGAUUCUCGCUCUUCUCCUACUGCAGCAAACCUUAAGGUGUAUUAUGGCACUUGCUUUACUCUCAUCUCCGGGAUCAUAAUCUUCGGCGGCCUCUUAGCCCCAGCUCUGGAGCUGAAGCUGGGAUUAGGAGGCACCACAUAUGCUGAUUUUAUUACCAGUAUGCAUCUGCCAAUGCAGUUGAGUCAGGUGGAUCCGAUCGUGGCAUCGUUCUCCGGUGGAGCGGUUGGAGUGAUCUCGGCAUUGAUGGUGGUGGAAGUGAACAAUGUGAAGCAGCAGGAGCACAAGAGAUGCAAAUACUGUAUUGGUACUGGGUAUCUUGCUUGUGCUCGAUGUGCAAACACCGGAACCCUCGUCCUAAUCGAACCAGUUUCGACGACAGUCGAAGGGGAAAGACCGCUGUCGGUACCCAAAACGGAAAGGUGCCCGAAUUGCUCCGGGUCGGGGAAAGUGAUGUGCCCUACGUGCCUAUGCACUGGUAUGGCUAUGGCGAGCGAGCACGACCCGCGAAUCGACCCGUUUGAUUGAAGAAUGUGAGGUUUGUAUGGCAAGAAUGUGGUGUUGUAUUCAUCUAUCUGUUGGCUGUUGCUAUGUGCGCCCAUCUCGACGAAUAGCCGAGCUGAAACAGGUAAUGUUGUUGUAAAGAUGACUAAUUAAUAAAGUGGUCUCUCUUUUCCUCUUUGUGUCUCAAAUGGGUUUUCAGCUGGAAAAAGUGGAUAGGAAUGUUGGCUGUUGGUGUUGGGUCAAGUUCUGGAACUGUGCGGGAGAUCUAUGGUCCAGUGUAAAGUUAGUUGGGCCACAGAACAUUCCAUUUCGAGGAUUUUUUUUUUCUCUCCAGAAACAAACAUUUAACAAUAAUCCGAAAUAGCACUACUACACAACAAUUUCUCAAUAUAGUUGGGGUUUUUUUUGGGUGAGAUAGUUGGAUUUUUGCUUAGUUGGUGGGGAAGGUAAAUGUCUCCAUUUAAACGGGGUGAUAAAGAGUAUGUCUCAUGAGAUAUAUCGCUCUCCGAACGGGCAAUAUUCUGCUGACGUGAUUAUGUUAAUUUCGUUGCAGAUUAUGAAUGAAAUUUAGAUUACAGAUUAGAUUUUAUGUUAACUUAGGUGUGUAACUUAGAACUUUUCAUGAAUUGGG